AUGGAAGCCAUGGGCGUGAUCCGCAAGGGCUUGGAGUGGCGCCGCGCCAGAGAGUUCUUCUACUGGAGGGUGCGGUGCCGCCUGCUCCUGAAGGAAGUGGAGGACCAGAUCCGACUGGCGGACGCGGAUUUGUCUGCUCAGGCCGCCCAGGCGUUGUUGGCCGGCUGGGUGUCCGAGGCCGGCAAGGCAGAUGACGACCAGGCGGCCGUGGUUUUCCUGGAGGCCUCGCCCUUUGCUGACAAGAUCGAGCAGCUCAAGGUGGAUGCCACGAAGCGCCAAAUUCAGGCUUUGCUCGCAAAGCUGCCAGAGGAGGAGCGCGAAUCCUUGAGGUGA